UUUCUUGAGGGGUCCUGUAGACGUCCUCAGCUUGUUAGUGGCACAGGCUAAUUUUAUUUGUAGUGGCUGCCAUGAUGUAUGACUCUUGCUUGCUCCAUGCUGCCCCCUGGUGCUCCUCUUGACCGAAGUUGCUGAGUUUAGGUUUGUUAAAUUUAAGAUCCGGACAGCAUGUGGGUAAUCUAUCACUCGGCGAUGACUUUCUAAAUCAUUGUUUUUCAGUGGGACUCGAAUCUAGUUCACGCUGGGUCCUCAGGCUCACCACUCCCACACGCUAACGGCUUGGCCACCGCCUUCCCAACUGCAUAUCAUUCACGUCCCGAGUCUCCUUCUCCCAACUGAAGCAGUGGUACUCGAGAGCAGGGCCGAGAGAAUACAGGGUCCGCGCAAGGAGCCACCAAAAACUCCACCGGGCCGCGCAGGUCGUGACGUCACAGGGUGCGUGCAGGGAAGAGUCCGAGGUGGCUGCCGCGGCCAGUCUGGGUUCAACCGUGGCGGGGUGUGCGCUACUGCAUGGUCAGCUGCCGGUUCAGGCCGCCCGCAUCGUUUAGUGAUGCCUCAUUGUGUUGUGGCUGGUUGUAACACUACCAAUCGCUAUAGACACACAAUAUAUAGUUUUUUUAAUUUUCCAAAGGACACUGAAACGUCUGAGAAGUGGUUACAGCUGUGUGGAAGACCGGACAUAACCAGCCCAGUUUAUCAUAGAAUAUGCAGCUUGCAUUUUGAGCCAUCUGCAUAUGAGAGAAACCUCAAGUAUGAACUGCUUGGACAGCCAGUGCCUGCUAAUCAAAUAAGACUCAAACCCGAAGCAGUACCAACGUUACAUUUACCAUCAACAGGUACUUCAGGCAGCCCAGGUAACAGGGGAAGACACAUUGUAACAGACAAUAAUCAAGUGUCUUCACCAGCAGUGCCUCAGCUGUUACCUCUGCCAGGGCCAAGCUUAUAUCAGCCUCCACAUGAUGGGAAGGACAUGAUGGAGCCCCUGUGUGAGGCUGUGAAGGUGGAGGUGGAGGAGGAGCCAACAGUCAGCCAGGCUUCAUCCACCUCCCGGCAGCCCUCGGGGGUGGACAAAGUAAGUGACCACUUUGAGGAUGCUCUCUCCCAGUGUGACGAGAUUGGUAUCAAGAUGGAGGAGGAGGAGAAGCACAUGGAAGACUUUGACCCAGUCACUGGCCAUGCCGUCUUUGUCCCUGAGCUGAAGUCCAACCCAAGUAGCACCAGCGACCACUCCGAGGAUGCUCUCUUCCAGUUUGACGAGAUUGGCAUUAAGAAGGAGGAGGAUGAGGUUUGCAUCAAGGAUGAGCCCAUUGAAGACUUGGACCAAGUCACUGGCUCUACCACCUUUGCCCCUGCACUGAUGCCCAAGCCAAGAAGAACCAGUCUGAAGUUAGCCGGCACAGUGAAUGGAACCUUCAACUCUCAUAUGGCACCCAAGCGUCCUUCCACCUCCUCACAUGAAAGUGCUGCCAAGAAGUCAAGAAAGACUCUCACCAUUGAAAAGAAGUUGGAAGUUUUGGAUCGGUAUGCUAGGGGAGAAAAGACCUCUGUGAUAGUGCAUGCUAUGGGACUAAACGAGAGCACAUUGCGUACCAUCAGGGCAAGUGCUGACAAGAUCCGUGCUAGUGCUGUCGCUGGUACAUCUGCCUCCUCCACACGGUGCUCCCAUGCAAGAUCCACGGAGAUGGAGAGGAUGGAGAAGUUGUUGGCACAGUGGAUUCAACACCAAAAUAAGACCAAUGUCCCCAUCAGCAUGGCCAUUAUACAGGCUAAGGCUGUAAGCCUCUACAAGGAUGUGCAGGGCGAGGGCGAGAAAGACAAAGGCAAGACUUUCCAAGGCAGUUCUGGGUGGUUUUCUAAUUUCAAGCGGCGCUACGGAUUCCACAAUUUGACUGGGGAAGCUGCCUCUGCCAAUGUAGCAGCUGCCAAGACGUAUCCAGCUACCCUCAAGGCCAUCAUCGAGGAAGGUGGCUACACCGCCAAGCAGAUUUUUAAUAUAGACGAGACUUGUCUAUAUUGGAAAAAACUGCCUAGUCGGACAUACAUCUCGGUUGAGGAGUCAAGAGCACCUGGAUUCAAGGCCUCCAAGGAUCGCCUUACUCUCUUGUUGGGUGCCAAUGCUGAGGGGGAUUACAAGCUGAAGCCUGCCCUUGUCUACCACUCCGAAAAUCCACGAGCUUUAAAAGGCUACGUCAAGAGCUUCCUCCCGUGUUAUUGGUACUCCAACCUCAAAGGGUGGAUGACUUGCAGCAUAUUCAAGGACUACUUCGGGAAACUGGAGAAAGAACUUGAACUGUACUGCGAGAGGGAAAAACUGCCCUUCAAGAUUCUCCUAAUCCUGGACAAUGCCCCCAGCCAUCCGCCGUCUGUAGAAAAUCUCUCCAGCAACAUUCAGAUUGCUUUCUUGCCACCUAACACUACGUCUUUACUUCAGCCAUGUGACCCGGGGAUAAUCAAGACAUUCAAGUCUUACUAUCUCCAUUCGACCCUUACUGACAUGGUUGAGAGGACAAACAAAGACAAGCUGACUGUGAGGGAGUAUUGGAAGCAGUUUACCAUCAAAGAUGCUCUCCACUUCAUCAAGGAAUCCUGGGAGAAAGUGCCAAGAAAGUGCCUCAAUGGAGUGUGGAAAAAUCUUUGUCCUCAGUUGGUCCACGAUUUUGCCGGGUUCGACAUCCAAGCAAAAGUGUCCAAAACAAUCCUGGAAUGUCUUGCUAAGGCCAGGGAAGCCGGGUUUGAGGAAAUUGAGGAGAAAGAUAUCGUUGAACUCCUAGAGUCACACAGUGUUGACUUAACUAAUGAAGAACUGUUGGAGAGGGAGAAGCUACAUACAGCAGAGUUGGAGGCAGUAAGAUCACGGUCUACACCAGAAACCCCAGAGCCUGAGAGAGUGUUGACUAAAAAGGAUCUACAGGAAGCACUGUCAUCGAUAAGGGAAGCACUUGACAUCCUAGAAGCCAAGGACCCGAACAUCAACAGAAGUGCGACUGUAUCAAGAAAAGUCAUGGCCGAAUUGAACUGCUACCAAAUAAUGCUUGAUCAAAAGAAAAAGUUGACAACCCAGACAAAACUUGAUCAAUUCUUCCGAAAGAAAACAGUAGAGGUCCAGGAGUCGGAGGAAGAGGAAGGAGACAUGAGUGAGGAAGGAGACACGAGUGAGGAAGGAGAGCGGGGUGACGACGACCAGUCAGAGGAAGAGGAAGGAGACAAGUAAGGGGAGCGGCUGGUGACGGGAGCGCGGGAUGAGGAGGGACGGUGGCCAACGCAUGUGUCGAGUGUUGAAAGUGAAGUACAAAGGUAAAUAAAAUGAGAACAUGUG